AUGUUUAAGGAGGGCUUUGCACCUGAUGUUGUUCUGUAUGCUAUUAUGAUACGUGGUCUGUCAGAGGAGGGUAGGGUUGGUGAAGCUGCUAGGAUGUUAGAUGAGAUGACUCAGAUAGGUUUAACUCCUGAUGCUUAUUGCUAUAAUGCCAUAAUUAAAGGUUUGUGUGACACGGGUUUUUUGGAUCGAGCACAGUCUCUUUGUCUUGAGAUUUCUGAGCAUAAUGUUUAUACGCACACGAUUCUCAUAUGUGAAAUGUGUAAGCAAGGAAUGGUUGAUAAAGCACAAGAAUUAUUUAAUCGGAUGGAGUCGCUUGGAUGUGUUCCAUCGGUUGUGACUUUCAAUGCUCUUAUAAAUGGACUGUGCAAUGCUCAUAAACUCGAGGAGGCAAGCCUUUUACUUUAUAAGAUGGAGAUUGGGAAAAGACCUUCGUUAAUCUUAAACCUUUUUCAGGGUUCUGGUCAGGUUUUUGAUAGUGCUAGUCUCCAGAAAAAGAGGCUCGCUACACUUUGUGAUGAACCAAAGGUGCCCUUUAACCCUUACAAGGAUCAAUUAAGAGGGCUGAUCUUGUCGAGGCAGUUUUUUUUGCUCUGUUGUUCUGCAUGA